AUGCCUCAAGCACAGCCAGAACUCAAGAAGUACCUCGACAAGCGCGUAGAAGUGCAAUUGAACGGCUCGCGCAAGGUGAUGGGAACUCUGAGAGGAUACGAUGUUUUCCUCAACAUAGUCCUUGACGAAGCGACCGAAAGCAAGCCGAACAACGAGAAAGUACGACUCGGAAUGUGUGUGAUUCGCGGAAACUCAGUCGUCAUGAUGGAAGCACUCGACCGGAUAGACAGCGACCACCGCGGCGGAGGAAGAUAAGGUGGUAGGGAAGUUUUAUGAUUGCGAAAGAAAAUUUGUUAUGAAGAUACCCUCGCGCGCCAGGUCUGCCAGGGCGGAGUAGGUCGGGCGACAGUCUGCUUCGAGCCUCGCAGGCUCAGAGAGAAUAAUGGCGUGACGCACAAGCAGACUAUCGCGCGGAAUAGGCAGGUCCCGGGCGUUGAAGGCGCGAAAUAGGACAGCAUGGAUAUGAAAAGUAAGGCUUCCUGCCACUCUUGUUCUUC